GAGUCAGCAGCAGCUCCCGAAGGCAGGGGAGGUCCCAGCGAACUGUGAUAUGGGACUGCCGGGGGAGGGAGAGAUGUCCUGAACCGGUCAACUCUUGAAAAUCCCAGAGGUUUUGGCAUGGGAGCUACCAGCAGAGCGUCACCUGAACAUAGCAGUGGGCUCUGUGGCAUGACAUGUCAGUGGGCUGCGACAGGGGACUUGUGAACACACGCAAUGUGGCGGCGCAGUUCCCUGCGGGCUUACGAUCAGGAGUGAGAAGCGAGCGUUACAGUAGGAGUCACUGACCCAGCAGGGCAAGACUAUGUGACGCAAGCCUUGGCCAGUAGACUUUCUGACCUAGGAGCCAAACUCUCGCGAUAGGCUUCCCCCGUUGGGGUGAGGGGGAAGAUUUGCGAGCGCAUUCUGUGGCCUGGACAGAAUGUGCUCUCGCCGUGCGGAGUGCCGAAUGUGUCCCGCCGCGGACUGUUGCUGCGACGAGGACGAGUCGCAGCCCGCUUGCAGCGAGGAGCACGACGCCUGCAUGCGGUGCGGCAUACAGAUCAACUGCUGGCACUGCGGGGUCGACUUGUCCUUCAGCCUGGAUGAGGCCAACAUCAACUGUGUGCUGUGCGGCGCCCCCAUUUCCUGCUGCUUCUGUGGGCACACCAUCACCUUGAGCACCAACGGCACUGGGGCUCUCUGCAACAGGUGCGCCCGAGAUGUCACUCGUAGGAUGCAGAGCGCUGAGUCCAAGCGCAGGCCGAGCAACACCACACACACCAGGGGGCAUCAUCACGCCGGGAACUUGUCUGCUGCGGAAGGCAUCGGUAGUGCUUACGCCACACACCUGACCUCCAGGAGCUAUGACACUGGACACCCCAGCAAGCCCUAUGAUGCAGGAAGCUCUUUCAAGCAUUAUGACACGAGUUGUGACAGUAAGCUCUAUGACACGCAUCUGACCAGCAGGCACCACCCCACGGGAAGUGCCGACAGGGCCAGUGACACGGCGGGGAGUAACAGGUUUUAUGGAACAGGACUUCACAGCAAAAGCUUCAGCCCAGAUUCCACCAGUAAAUCCAAUGGCCUGGGGUUUAACAGCAAGAUCUUUGAUACAGGAUAUGACGGAAGGGCCGACAAUGCAGGAUUUUACACCAUGCCCGCUUAUACCGGAGACACUAGCAGAUCUACUGAGGACAGACCUUGCAGCAAGCUUUAUGGAACAGGACUUACUAGCAAGUCCUACGCCAUGGGAUCGAUCCACAGUCCUGACUACUCGGGACAGAGCAGUAAGUUCUACAGCCGAGGAAUUUCUGACAAAGACUACAGCACAGGAUUCACCAGCAAAUCCUUUGGCUCAGAUCUUAUUGAUUUCCGUGACACGAGACAUCCUAGAAAACUCUACGACUCGCAGCGUAGCAGCAAAUCCCUCGAAAAUGGGCACAUCAGCAGAUUGAAUGAGUCGGGCAGAUCCCUCGAGGCAGGACCUCUCAGCAAUCUCUACCACACGGGGACUUGCAGUAGAUCCACCGACACAGGGCGACUCAGUAAUCUCCAUGACUCGGGCAUUUCCAGAAGAUCCCUUGAGGUAGGACCUCUCAGCAAUCUAUACGAUACAGGUCUUUCCAGCAGAUCCAUUGACACAGGGCGUCUCAGCAAUCUCUACGAUACAGGUCUUUCGAGCAGAUCCCUUGAGACAGGAGCUCUCAGCAAUCUCCAUGAUACUGGGCUUUCCAGAAGAUCCAUCGACACAGGGCGUCUUAGUCAUCUCCAAGAUACAGGUCUUUCCAGAAGAUCCCUUGAGUCAGGACGUCUCAGCAAUCUCAACGAUACAUGUCUUUCCAGCAGAUCCAUCGACACAGGGCAUCUCAGCAAUCUCUAUGACACCGGCGUUUCUAGCAGAUCCCUCGACUCAGGACGUCUCAGCAAUCUCUACGACACAGGUCAUUCUGGAAGAUCUCUUGAGACAGGAACUCUCAGCAAUCUACAUGAUACUGGACUUUCUAGAAGAUCCAUCGACACAGGGCGUCUUAGCCAUCUCCAAGAUACAGGUCUUUCCAGCAGGUCCAUUGACACAGGGCGUCUCAGCAAUCUUUACGACACAGGUCUUUCCAGCAGAUCCAUUGACACAGGAGCUCUCAGCAAUCUCCAUGAUACUGGACUUUCUAGAAGAUCCAUCGACACAGGGCGUCUUAGUCAUCUCCAAGAUACAGGUCUUUCCAGAAGAUCCCUUGAGACAGGAUGUCUCAGCAAUCUCAACGAUACAUGUCUUUCCAGCAGAUCCAUUGACACAGGGCGUCUUAGCCAUCUCCAAGAUACAGGUCUUUCCAGAAGAUCCCUUGAGACAGGACGCCUCAGCAAUCUUUACGAUACAGAUCUUUCCAGCAGGUCCAUUGACACAGGAGCUCUCAGCAAUCUCCAUGAUACUGGACUUUCUAGAAGAUCCAUCGACACAGGGCGUCUUAGUCAUCUCCAAGAUACAGGUCUUUCCAGAAGACCCCUUGAGACAGGACGUCUCAGCAAUCUCUUUGACACAGAUCUAUCCAGCAGAUCCAUUGACACGGGUCAUCUCAGCAAUCUCUAUGAUACAGGUCAUUCCAGCAGAUCCAUCGACACAGGGCGUCUUAGUCAUCUCCAAGAUACAGGUCUUUCCAGAAGAUCCCUUGAGUCAGGACGUCUCAGCAAUCUCUAUGAUACAGGUCUUUCCAGCAGGUCCAUUGACACAGGGCAUCUCAGCAAUCUCUAUGACACCGGCGUUUCUAGCAGAUCCCUUGACUCAGGACGUCUCAGCAAUCUCUACGACACAGGUCAUUCCGGAAGAUCUCUUGAGACAGGAACUCUCAGCAAUCUACAUGAUACUGGGCUUUCUAGAAGAUCCAUCGACACAGGGCGUCUAAGCCAUCUCCAAGAUACAGGUCUUUCCAGAAGAUCCCUUGAGACAGGAUGUCUCAGCAAUCUCUUUGACACAGAUCUUUCCAGCAGAUCCAUCGACACAGGGCGUCUCAGCAAUCUUUACGACACAGGUCUUUCCAGCAGAUCCAUUGACACAGGGCGUCUCAGCAAUCUCUAUGAUACAGGUCAUUCCAGCAGGUCCAUUGACACAGGGCGUCUCAGCAAUCUCAACGAUACAUGUCUUUCCAGCAGAUCCAUUGACACAGGUCAUCUCAGCAAUCUCUAUGACACCGGCGUUUCUAGCAGAUCCCUUGACUCAGGGCGUCUCAGCAAUCUCAACGAUACAUGUCUUUCCAGCAGAUCCAUUGACACAGGGCGUCUCAGCAAUCUCCAAGAUACAGGUCUUUCCAGAAGAUCCCUCGACUCAGGACGUCUCAGCAAUCUCUACGACACAGGUAAUUCCAGAAGAUCCAAUGAAACAGGACAUUUCAGCAAUCUCUAUCACACUGGGCACACCAGCAGAUUCGGCGAGACAGGAUCCCUCGAUACAGGAACUUUCAGCAAUCUCUAUGACUCGGGUCUUUCCCGAAAACUCUAUGAUAUUUCUUCCUCCAGCAAGUCCCACGACAUGGCGCCCAUCUCAAAUCUCCGCGACACGGGACUUUCCAGCAAAUUCUUUGAUGCAGGGCUUAGCAGCACGUCUUAUGAUAACGGACACACAUAUGGUCACCAUGACACUGGUCUCAGCUGCAAAUCCUUUGACAAUGGACACUCACACAAUCAGCAUGACACAGGUCUUAGCAGCAAAUCCUAUGAUAACGGAUACACAUGCAGCCACCACGAUACAGGUCUUAACAGCAAAUCAUAUGAUAACGGACAGUCACACAAUCACCAUGACACAUGUCUUAGCAGCAAGUCCUUUGAUGAUGGAUACACAUAUGGCCACCAAGACACAGAUCUCAGCUGUAUGUCCUUUGACAAUGGACACUCACACAAUCACCAUGACACAGAUCUUAGCAGCAAAUCCUAUGAUAACGGAUACACGUACGGCUACCACGAUACAGGUCUUACCAACAAAUCCUAUGAUAACGGAUACACAUACGGCUACCACGAUACAGAUCUUAACAGCAAAUCCUAUGAUAAUGGACAGUCACACAAUCACCAGGACACAUGUCUGAGCAGCAAGUCCUUUGAUGAUGGAUACACAUAUGGCCACCAAGACACAGGUCUCAGCUGUAUGUCCUUUGACAAUGAACACUCUCACAAUCACUAUGACACAGAUCUCAGCAACAAAUUCUACGAUGUGGGUUAUACUACCACGAAUGACGUGGGAUUUGAUAGCAGACUUUCCGAAGCUGCUUCGAACUCAACUCCCUGUGGUUGGGAACCAGCCAGCAGGUUGUAUGAUUUAACUUUUACCAGCAACAGCACCGAAUAUUUGGAUCUGCCGUGCCGAGCCAACGACAUGAACGUCACCGGCAACGGCUGUAGUACAGGAUGUAGCAUGCGACCUUGCGACACUUGUCCCACCAGCAGUCUGUAUGAUAAUGAAGUCAGCAGUGGGCGUUAUGAUGCCUGCGGUACAUGUGACACAAAAUCAGACAGUAUCUAUAAAACAAGUCGCAACAGCCAGCAAUACGAUUCAACACUUAGCAGCAGACCUUAUGAAUCACUUGUCUGUGGCCGACAGUAUAGUACAGGACAAAGCAGAAGAACAUACGAUACUGCAGAUACUCCCAGACUUUAUCAUGAUGACAACAAUAUAAAUAGCAGUUGCAGAACAUGUGAUAGAAAAGCGUGUAGCACAACCUGCGAUGAUGGAUGUGUCACGGACAGAUGCUUUGAUAGGAAUGACACCAGCAGGUUUUAUGAAAGGAACGUAGCCAGUAGUCCUUGUGAAGAGAGUGCUACCUGCCAGAAUUGUGAGGGACCUAUCGGCAGCCCAUCUGACGAGAACAUCUCCAGUGGACAUUAUGAUGAGUACUCCGCCUGCAGGUCAACAGACAGGGGUGAAGCCGACACGUUUUAUGAUGCAACUGUCUCCAUCGUGCCUUAUGACUCAUAUGCCUCCAGUAGACAAUGGGAGUGGCAUGACACCAAUGAACCUUAUGAUGACAGCAUCUCCAUCAUGCAUUACGAUGGGUACUCCUCCAGCAGGUUCGGGGACGACAACGACAACAAUGCCCUUUAUGAAGGGACCGUCUCCAGUAUACCUUAUGAUGUGCUCGCUUCCGGUAGAAUUUGUGAAUGGCAUGAGACCAGUGAACCUUACGAUGAGAAUACCCCCAGCAGAUCGUGGGACGAGAGCGAGAUUGAGUAUGAUUUAAAUAGCACUGGUCUGUCUUGGGAUGACAGCAUCGUCAGCCCAUCUUCUGACCUGGGAACAACCAUUAAUGUUUUUGAACCACUUAACGAUAGCAUGUUCAGCGGUCUUGGCAUGAACAGCACAUUCAGUAGUGUGGGAGGAGUUAAUACAAAUGACACUGGAAACUACUCCAAAUCGUGUGAUAAAGAGGCCACCUGCACACAAUGUACCAUCGGUGGCAAUACAAGACCUUGUAGUUCAGGAACUUGCCCCAGAGCCUCACAGGUAGAGGAGGAUUGCGGUUCGGACACAUGCAAAUACAUCCCACGAUCCAAGACAUGAUCGAAGCCAGAACAUUUUUGGAACAGAAUUGUCAGAACAUUGUUGGAACAGAGCUACCAGCGCAUGCAGAGAUUGGGUAUGACUUUGCAGCGCUGUGCAGAAGUGAAGUUGCAAGGAACCGCAGAGAAAGAACAGAGCUCUGUUCAAAAUGAUUCAGAAAUAUUGUAGAUACUGUUCUUUGUAUCAUCUCCCUGAGCUAUGAUUUCCCUGCUCGCAUCCUUCCUCAUCUCUCCAUGAUCUUGUGACAAAACAUGGAAUGAUUUUAC